AUUUUGGUGCAUAUUAAUGAUAUUUUGGGACUGAAAUUGAUGGCUAAAUAUUGGAUUCAGUAGACUGCUUGUUUAUGAUAACGUGAGGCUUAAUUAUUACUUGGAUUAUUGGGAGGCUGAAAACUUAGUGAAAUGUUGGAGUUUUAAUUGCUGCAUUACAUGAGCUAUUUUUCCCUUGAUAUUUAGAUUUUGGAUGAAUUAAAUUGCACCUAAAAUGUCUAGUAUUUGAGCUGCAAAUAUUUGAGUUUGCACCAUCCAACUAAGCAUUUUUUCCUUUCAAUUUUCUUUUUAUCUUCCAGCUGAUUCUUCUCCUCUAUCUUCACUUCUUGUUGUGGCAGCUUUAAGAGCUUUUAAUCGCGAAAAUCUUGGCCGGAGGAAGAAAAGGGCUUGGGAAGGACACUCUCACCCUUUUUACAAGGGAGCAUGGGAGGAAAAAGAAAGUUUCGUGGCACUACGAUGGUUGACAUUAUUGAGAAGAGGGUUACCAGAUCAUCAAGGAAUCUUGGACAAAGUUCGAUGCCCGGGCAACAAUCACUACAUGAAGAAGGAAGGCAAACACAGCCUCAAACACAGCUAGAGGUUCAGCCACAGCCACCACCACCACCACAACCACAGCCGCCACCACCUCCACGACCGCAACCACAACAGGAAGCACCUCAAUUACAACUGCAAGCAUGUCAACUAGAGCACCAGCAGCAAGAAGGAUCUACUGCUACUAAUGAUGCUACAAUUUCAGUACCUAGUAUAGGUUCUACAUCUGAAGGCUCUAGGAGAGGCCGUGGUGGUGCUCGCCCUUGUUUACGGUGGGGUACAUCAAGGAAAUUGGAGGUUCACCUUGGUAACAAUGGCAAGAUUGUUGGUUUGGACAAGAUGAAAUUGCAGUCCACUCUUGGUGUGUUGGCAAGAAAUGGUUCCAAGCUCCCCCUCACAUAUCCAUCAUUCUCAGAUAUACCACCAUCCUUGACUGAUGAUAUUUGGGAGGAAGUUCAAGACAAUACUACUUUGCAUCUGGAGGCAAAAGUAAGAGUAUUAAUGGAUGUGGCAGUGAAGUGGAAGGACUUCAAGAGUCGUUUGAAGACAAAGUAUUUUGCUCCUUUUGUGGCCACUGAUAAUGUACCUAUGGAUAGUCCAGAUAGUCGUGUUUCAAAUGAUCAAUGGAAGACCCUAGUUGCUUAUUGGAAGGACCAAAACAUCAUGGAAAUUUCUGAACGAAACAAGAAAAAUAGGGCUUUGUUGAGGUAUCCACAUCGGACUGGAAGAAUAUGUUUUGAUGAGAUCAUUGAAAAGAUGCGGGCUACUAGCAUGGACACUUCUCGCCUCGAUGUUUUCCUUAUGACUCGCAUGCCGAAAGCGGGUAAAAGUCUUGAUGCGGAUACGAAGACAAUGGUUGACGCUAUAAGAGAUGCCAUUUCUCGAGUUCCUGAGUCAGACGUCACAACCACAUUCAAGGAGAAGCUGUUGGGUAGCCUUGUUGGUGGAGAGGGGCGGCCUCGUAUGCGCUGUUUGGGUACAAUUUCAGCACCAAAUGCAGCUCCCGGUUCAUCUCAUUUAGCUCCGAGUUCAUCUAAUGCAACUCCUAUUUCUUUGGAGUCAAUCCCAGAAGGAUUGAUGCAAAUGAUAAUUGAUAAAGUAGGGGAGUACGUGCUUGAAAAGGCACGGGCUGAAGCACGAGAUGAAGUUGCUGUUGCCUUAGAGAAUUUCUUUCAAACCAUUGUUGCUGGAGCAAAUAAUGAUCCGAAUAGAUCAUCUGUGAGAGCAGAAGGAAAUGCAAGUACACAGGUUGCUGAUGCAUCGAGCGUCCAUAAGCCAAACGACUCUUCACGUUGACUUGGGAUUUAUUUGAGAUGAUCUUCUAUGGUAUUAGCUAGGUUAGUGAAUUUGGACUACUUAUUAGCCAAUAGUGUAUAUGAGCCGGAUAUGCCAUGUAUUGUUGGGUUUUGGAUUUUAAUUAUAAUUUGUAU